CCCCCCCCCCUCACACUCAUCCCCUACUUUCUGUCAACGCUCGGAGUGUGUGUGUGUGUGUUAUUUUCAUGAUUUAGGAGUUCACACCCAGUUUUCUUGUUAUUGUGUAUGUGUUCAUGUGUGCCACCCCCCAACCCCCAACGUUUAUAUUUAUGAAGUUUAUAAACAAGUGUUCGUACUGUGUAGGGUUCAUUUCUGAAAGGAAGGAUCAUUUAAAAAAUUAUAUAUAAUUAAUUGUGUGUAGAAACAGCGAUUUGUGAAAUAAACGUGAGUUCUGAUUUCUUUUUAAAAUAAUUUCGCACUUUUUUAAAUUGCAUUUGUUUAUACUUUCUGUGGCUACGUUCUGAACGCUACUUGGAUAAUAUUACUAGACCUAGACUCUAGGUCGUCCGAGUUUUUUGCUGACCUUAGCAGGAUUCUCAUAUCUGUUAGGCGUCUAGUAAAACUUUGUAAAUGACUUCGGAAACGGACAUUAUCGACUUGAAGGCUCGGUCCCUAGAGGGACGAGGUCUCUCCCAGAGAGCAGGAGAACACUGGAUAGAGAUCCAGAAGAAUACCUUCAUGAACUGGGUCAAUCUGCAGAUACAAGGAUCAGGUUACAGUGUCACUGAUUUUGAGCAAGAUUUUGAUGAUGGCGUGAAACUGUGCGCACUUGUUGAGUCACUGCAGAACCGUAAGAUCGGGAGGGUUAUCAAGAAACCCAUCAACCAGCACCAGAGUCUGGAGAAUGUCACUCUGGCGCUACGGGCUAUUGCUGAUGACAAUGUCCGACUGGUCAACAUUGGAAGUGAAGAUAUUGUCAACGGAAGCUUAAAACUAAUCCUCGGUCUGAUCUGGCACCUCAUUCUCCGAUAUCAGAUUGGCAAAACCAAAGUACCUCCAAAGAAGUUGAUGUUGGCAUGGCUGCAGGCAGUCAUCCCAGAGAACCACAUUAGUAAUUUCACUUCCGAUUGGAACGAUGGAAUAGCAUUACAUGCCCUGAUAGACUACUGUCAACCAGGACUGGCACCAAACUGGAGACAACUUAAUCGCAGUGACAAACUUCACAACUGCAAGGAAGCCAUGUCCAUAGCACAGCGGGAGCUCAACAUCCCCAUCGUUGUCAGACCUGAAGAUUUCUGCUCUCCUCACCUGGACGAGCUUUCUGGGAUGACAUACCUGUCGUACUAUAUGAUGGUGGACUCACCUGGCUAUCUGGCCACUCGUAGGGAGAUUAGAGCCUUAUUACAACAAGGAACAAUAGACAAUUUCCAAACUGAUUGGAAUGAUGGACAUCUGCUGUGUAAUUUGGUUAAAUCUGUUGGUGGAGAUGUGCCAGGCUGGCCACAAUUGACCCAUGACCAUGUCACCAAUUUGCAAACAGGUAUUGAUGCUGCUAAAAGACUUGGAAUUGAACCCAUAUUUUCUGCCAAGGAAAUGGCUGACCCAGAGGUGGAGCACCUUGGCAUCAUGGCAUAUGCUGCACAUUUCAGGCAUCAUAAGCCAGUUAAAAUAGUUAAGAACAAAGCGACCAUGAAUGGUGAUUUCAACAACAUCUAUGUGAAACAGGAAAAACAUUUUUACAUUAAUGCUGAGCAUGGGACAUCCCAAGAUGCCAUUAGACCAGAAGUGAUUGGACCUGACUCCAUAGUUCCAGUCAGGACAAAAUGGAGUGGUAAUAGAUGUGAUUGUUAUUUCACUCCAACAGAAACAGGACAACACAAGCUGAAUGUUUACUGUGACAAUGAAAAUAUCCCUGGAUGUCCUGUAACAUUCAAAGUCCAUGCUGACCGUUCAAAAGUUAAGUUCAAUCAUCUAGACAGAGCAGUGGUUGGACUCAACAGUGAACUGAAGGUUGACACAUCAGCAGCAGGUCAGGGUGACGUUCGAAUUGAAGCAAUAUCCCCUAGUGGACAUGCCAUGAACUUACCUGUUAUGUAUAAAGGUGGAGUUCAUUCAGCAAAUUUUACACCAAAUGAAGUUGGUGAUUGGCGACUAAACAUGGUCUAUGAUGGGGAACAUAUCCAAGGCAGCCCUUACACAGUCAAAGUUUUUGAUCCAUCUCUUGUACGCAUCAGUAACUUAAGUGGAGGCAAAGUGGGUCAUCAGUUAGCUUUCCAUGCUGAUUCCAGGGAAGCUGGUGAAGGGGAAGUAACUUGUCAAGUGCUCUAUGGGGGCAUCAAGGUACCUUGUCACAUGAAGAAAGAUGAUUAUGGAAAAUACACUGUUGACUUUACACCACAGGGUCCUGGCACCUACAUUGUACAUGCAUAUAUGAAUGACAUAGAAGUUCGAGGCUCACCAUAUAAAGUUGACAUCAUUGACACAAGUCGAGUAACAGUGACAGGCGAAGGUCUAAGUCUUGUUCCAGUUAACACUCCUGCAGUCUUUACUAUUCAUACUAAUGGUGCAGGAGGAGGCAAUGUUGAUGUUGAUAUUUCAGCUCCAUCAGGUAAAAAAGUCGAGCAUAAAAUUAGGAAAGUGGGAGAUCAAAUCUAUCAUGUAGACUACACCCUAGAGGAGCCAGGUGAAUACACUAUUAAUGUGAAGUUUGCUGACCAAGAAAUAAGUGGGUCUCCUUUUACUACUAAAGCUUUCGACAUGAGAAAAUUAGUAGUUAGUGGGAUGCCAUCCACGGCCACCAGAAACAACCCUGUCCAGUUCAACAUUGAUGCGUCCCAAGCAGGAGCUGGAAAUAUUGAAAUUCGGGUCAAUGAAGGGAGAGUACCUUGUACAGUUGAAAAUAAGGGCAAUCACCGAUUCACUGCCUCUUUUUUGCCAGAAAAUACUCGUCCACAUUCUGUAGAGAUUUGUUUCAAUGACACUCAUGUAGUUGGUAGUCCAUGGACUAUUGUAAUUGUUGACCACAAAGCUAUAACACUUAAAGGCAAAGAAAAACUGCAGUGCAACAAGAAAGCAUCUGCUUUCAUACAUGCUAAUGGCCAGACUUUGUCACAAGAUGAUCUAGACAUAACAAUUAAAGGUCCCAAUGGUGUUGCAGUUCCUUAUGAUUUGUCAACUGACUCUACAGGAGAUACUGUCAUUAAAUAUUUACCAAUUAAAGCAGGUGAAUACAACAUCCAUGUCAAAUACUGUGAUAAUAAUGUGACUGGCAGUCCCUUCGUAGCCAAAGCAUACAACAUUGGUGCCAUUUAUGUUACUCCAUUACAAGAUGGCUUUAUCAAUCAACCCAUGCAUUUUACAAUUGAUGUGGGUGAAGCAGGAGAAGGCCAACUGCAGAUAAUGGUUAACCAAGGAAACACUCCCAAUGAUGUAGAAGCAGAAGGUACUGGACACUACAAAAUAAAAUUCAUUCCCACAGUUCCAGGCAAACAAGUUGUAGAUAUUUUAUUCAAUGAAAAACCUUUGCCUUGCUCACCAUUAACAUGUGUAGCUCAGGAUCUCAGUGCAAGUCUAAUUGGUCUGCAUCAACUAAUUCCAGUCCACCAGUCUUCAAGCUUCACAAUUCAGUCACAGGCAAACAUUGCUAAUCUGUCGACAGAUAUAAUUAUCACAGGACCAAACGGACAAAUUGUUCCUGUUGCCAUUGCAAGAUUACCAGAUGGUAAAGGAAUCAAUGUUGAAUAUGUUCCAAGGGAAAUCGGUAUUUACACCAUCAGAACAGAAAUAUCUGGCAUGCCAAUCAAAGGAAGUCCAUUCAGUGUUAGAACAUUUGAUCCUAAUUUAGUGAAACUUGUCAAAAUCAAACAAGGAAUAGUUGGAGUGCCUUGUAAAUUUAAUGUUGAUGCAUCAGAGGCAGGGGAUGGAACUCUAGAAAUAACUGUCAGUCACAAUGGUCAAAAUAUUCCAAACAAUGCAUUGGCCAUUGGUAAAAACAGAUAUGAGUGUAGUUUUAUUGGUCACCAGCCAGGAACUUACAAAGUUAAUGUUCUGUACAACAACUUACAUGUUAAUGGCAGUCCCUAUAAUGUUAACAUUGUUGAUGUGGGUGGAAUACGGCUGUUAGGUGACAACUGGAAUUUAGUCUCAUGCAACAAGAAAGCCAGUUUCAAUCUGGUUUCACCAAGUGGUUCAUUUGAAGAUAUGAAUGUCAAGAUUAUUGCUGCUGAUGGUACUACAACACCUUGUAGACUAAGUGAUAAUGGUGAUGGAACUGCUAAAAUUGAUUGGCAUCCUACAACAAUAGGCACACAUAGAGUCUUUAUUGACUAUGCUGGAGUUCCUAUUCAAGGAAGUCCUUUUAACAUUAAAGUCUAUGAUGCAUCAAGAGUUCGAGUUUCUAACAUCAAUCCUGGUGUAGUGAACAGACCUGUCUCUUUUACAUUGGAUGCCAGUGAAGCUGGUGAUGGUAAUCUUGAGAUUCUUGUCAUGUGUGAUGAUGAGAUUAUACCAAACUAUGUCCAAGAUGAAGGAAACACUGUGUUCAAAGUGACUUUCACACCCAAACGUGCUGGACUGCAUCAUAUCCACACACAGUUCAACGGCCAGGCAGUCAAAGGCAGCCCUCAGCAAUGCCCAGUUGUAGACCCUGAAAACAUCCAGGUUUCUGGGAAAGGUGUAGACAUGGCGGCAGCCAACAUGCCAACUAGCUUCCAGGUGAACAUGAAGCAUGCAGGGGAUGCUAGAAUAAAUGUGAAAGUUGUCUCACCUUAUGGAGAAGAAAUACCAGUUCAUGUUUCUGGGAAUGCUAAGUCAGGACUUCGAAUUGAUUAUACACCCAUGGAAGUUGGUCUUUAUAAAGUAUUUAUUGAUUGUGCCGGAAGCCCAGUCAAGGGAAGCCCAUUCUCUUGUAAUGUCUUUGAUCCUGCACUCAUUAGGAUUAAUGCCCCUGGAAGAGCAUAUUUUGGAAAACCUAUGAACUUUCACUUGGACACAUCAGCUGCAGGUGAAGGCAAACUCAAAUUUCAAGUUAAAUGCAGAGGUUCUGAUGUACCCUGUAGAUUGAGGGAAGUUGGCCAGGACAGAUUUGAAGUCAGUUUUAUUCCUCAAAACAUAGCUCCACACUUGGUGACAGUCUUCUUCAAUGACAUGCAGGUCCCAGGUACGCCAUUUGAAGUGACAGUUAUUGACAGCACCAACAUAAGUUUUACUGGAGAAGGCAUGAGAUUGGCCAAAGUCUACAAAGAAGUUGGGCUUCAGAUGGAACACCAAGGACUGGAUGAAAGAGAUUUAGACAUAAAAAUUGUUGCUCCAAGUGGCAACAUAGUGCCAGCUCGCUUGAAUAAUUCUGGCAACAACUUGCGCAUCAAUUUUACACCUCUGGAGGUUGGAGCUCACAAAAUCCAAGUUGGCAUUGGUGAUACACAGGUCAAUGGAAGCCCAUUCACUUGCAAUGUUUAUGACCCAAGUGCUGUUAGGAUUAUAGAUGUGGAUAAAUCUCAUCAGAAAGAAAGGGAGAUAGGAUUUACUAUUGACAGCUCUACUGCUGGAACUGGUGCAUUAGAGGUUCUAGUCACUCAUAAAGGUCAACCUGUGCGUGCUGAAUGCAGCAAGAUAAGUGAAGGGCAGUAUCAUUAUACAUUCAAACCCCUCACAGUAGGUCGAUAUGAAGUGAAAGCAACUUUUAAUGGUGAUACCAUACCAGGUUCUCCCCUCAUUAUUGAAGUAGAAGAAGAUGCACCAACUUUCAUACGCAUCAAAUUUUCUAGCAUAGAACCAAUCAAUACAAAAGGGAAAAAUUGGUUCAUGCUUCAAACCAGUGGAAGAAAAGUGGAUAAAGAAAUGUUGGAUGUGAUGAUUUUAGCUCCAACUGGAGAAAAUAUUCCUGCCCGCCUUUUACAACAACCAGAUGGAGACUAUAAAGUUGAAUGGACCCCUAACAAACCAGGCAGACAUUCAGUUGAUGUGAUGUAUGGUGGACAGCAGAUCCAGGGCAGCCCAUUUUACAUUGAUGUCUUUGACAUUCAUAAAAUACGUGUGAAUAACUUUUUCCAUGGUGAUGUCAAUGAAAAAGCUGGUUUCAAAUUGGACUGCACUCACGCUGGUAAAAGUGAACAUGACAUUCGGAUCAUGAGUCCAUCUGGCCGCAACGUACCUUACAACAUAGAUGAACAUACACCACUGGAGUACAGUGUUUGGUACACACCAAUAGAAUCUGGUCAACAUAAAAUAUUUGUUUCCUAUGGUGGCAUGGAACUGAAUGGAAGCCCCUUCCAUCAAGAAAUUUCUGAAGGAACUUUACCAACAGCUCAUGGUGAGGGACUUCACAAAGGCGAAGAGGACAAGCCUGCCACCUUUAUUAUUGAUUCUAGAAAUCUCAGAGGAGAGCCAACUGUACAAGUUGAUGGUCCUAAUGCAAUAGCUAAGUGCAGCAUUGACCCACAACCAGAUGGUCAGUACAGAGUCACCUACAUCCCAGUGGAAGUUGGUCUAUUUGAUGUCUAUGUCAGAUGGAAUGGCAAAGAAAUUCCAGGCAGUCCAUUCCACCCUAAGGUUGUGGAUCCCAGAAAAGUCAAAGUUGUGGGAGGUUGGCAUCAUUAUAUGGAUGGACAGGACAGAAUUCAUCUGGUCGUUGGAGAAGAGAAAAAAAUUCCUUUUGACAUCUCCGAAGCAGGUCCAGGUCACAUGAGAGCAGAAGUGAAAAGUCCUAGUGCAUUUAUACCAGUAGAAGUAGAUAAUGAACAUAAAGGGAAAUGUGUAGUGAAAUUUGUGCCCAAAGAAGAAGGCCUUCAUCAUAUUCAUCUGUACUGGUCUGAUCAUCCUUUGGUCAACUCACCUUAUGUAGGCUUUGCAGUCAGUGGAGCUGCUGACCCUAGCAAGGUCUGGCUGAGUGGUCAAGGUUUGAAGGAAGCAGUGAUCAGGGAAGAAGCAGAGUUCAUCAUUGAUGGAAGCCAGGCAGGGCCAGGUGAACCAGAAGUCGAGCUGACUGGUGUCAGGGCUGAAAUUCAGGUUUUUAAAACUCCUUUGGGUGGAGGAAAGUACAGAUGUACUUACAUACCUGUUAUCCCCGGUGCUUAUCUACUUAAUAUCUCCUGGAAUGGUCGACAGCUACGAGGAGCUCCAUACAAAGUGAAUGUCAUUGGUGCCUCUUAUCCAAAUCGUGUCAUAGUAAAUGGUGAAGGCCUCAAAGGUGGAUUGAUGGGUAACAGUUUAGAUUUCAGAAUAGAUACCAGGAAAGCUGGACCAGGUGAAUUGACGGCUUACUGUAUGGGGCCAAACAAAGUAGCUUACUGUGAGCUCAGUGAUCAUCAUGAUGGCACCUACAGGCUGGUAGUUAGGCCACAGGAAACUGGUAAACAUGUGUUACAGAUCAAAUAUGGUGGAGAACAUGUGCAAGGAAGCCCAUAUGCUUUCAAAGUAACAGCACAGCCUGAUGCAUCUAAAGUAAGAGUUAGUGGCCCUGGUGUUGAACAUGGUAUCUUGGCAACCUUCCAAAGCCAGUUUAUUGUGGAGACUAAAGGUGCAGGAGCUGGGCAGCUGACUGUCAGAAUUAGAGGACCAAAAGGAGCCUUUCAGGUCGAGAUGUACAGAGAAAGUCAGAAAGACAGAACUAUUUUAUGUAGAUAUUACCCAUCAAUCACUGGGCUUUACAUAAUCAAUGUCCGUUGGUCAGGGGUCGACGUACCUGGAUCACCGUUCCAUGUUCAGAUUCUAGACACACAGCAGGAACUGGAGCAGGUCCUUCAUGAGCAGAGCUUCAGCAGUAGUGGUGGCCGCCAUCACAUGGUUUCCCACUCUAGCAACAGCUUCCACAACACCAGCCUUAACAGCUCCAACCAGUUGCGAUACUCCACAGGCCCUCCCAACGGCCAGCACCACAACAUUAGCCGGUCAAGUGGCUACUAUCAUCAGUGGAGAGAGGAUAUGUAAUAGUGAUGUGGAUGACAUUUGAUAACUACACUUAAUGCAUGAUAAAUAUGUAACAGUUCAGACUAACUUGUUAGUAUAGAAUUGUAAAACAUAUUUCUCAUAAUGUAUUACUUAAUAAAGAUGUAUGCUAUUGUAAAAACAAAUUAAAACUUAUCAGAAAAGAGUUUAUUAACAAAAGUAAUCAUGUGAUAAAUUGUACACAUUCCUAAUAAUUCUUAAUAUUUUGUGUUUUUUUUUUUUUUUUUGAUACUGUUGAAAAUAAAUAAAUUUGUAGAAUUCUAAUCACUUAAUGUUUAUGCUUUAGUUAUUGGUACACUCAAAUUAAUAUUCUAUUCACAAUUAAAAACUUUAUCUACAUCUUAAUUAUUGAUAUAAAUAAACAUUCCUGUGUUUUUGACAUUGUUAUUAUUUAUUCUAUAACAGUUAAAUACAUUGCCAUAUUGACUUGUGAUGUGUCAUGGUUAAGUUAAGUAAGUAGGCCACAGCUUUUAUGUAAAUUUCUUUAUUUGUUGUCAUUUUGUUAUUGCUUUGGUUUAUAUUUUUGCAUUUAAAUUAUGGUACACAGAGCAGCCUUUCUGGCACAUCUUUAAAAACAGACCAGCAUUUUUUUAAAUUCUAAAUUUCAAUCAAUCAUCAUAGGUUUAAAAAGAAAAAAAAAUUAUAAUUUAAAUAUGUUUUAAAUACUUUAUUAAAAUAUAAGCCUUUCUUAAAAAAAAGUUUACCUUUAUAUUAUUUGGCUUUUUUUCUAUUACUACUUCUUGUAUUAAAGCUUACUAUCCUCCUUGAUGUAAAGGAUUAAUUUCUACUUUUUAUGCUCAUUACCAAGACAAUACAAAUUGUACCCAAUCAAUCAAAUAAAUAUUUGUUAAAUCUUAUGUUAUAAUAUUUUUUUUUUAUUUGUAGUUAUAAGUAUAUUAGCAUUUACUUGUAUUUAUUAUAUCAGAAUUACUAGACUAAUAUAACAGCCUUAUACAGUUUGGUGUAAACAUGAAACAAAUAUGUGUUAAUAAUAUUUUUGUGUUGUGUUUUGACUAUUGACUAUACAAUUGAACUGAUUUAGAUUUUACUCAUUGUUAUUUAAUUUAUGAAGGGUAAGUAGCUACUAUAUUGAUAUAUAUAUGCCAAGUAUCUACAGGAACAAUAUGUGUGGUUAUGUGCAGUCUGAAUGCUUGAGACUUUCAACUUAUAUAAUUCUAAGAAUUGAAUUCAAAUUGUGGGUGUUGGGAUCAAAGAAAUACCUGAUAGACACAUUUCCACAAUACAAAUCUGUUUAGAAUGAAGUUGACUUAUACAUGACUAACUAGGACUUUGCACUGAAAUAUUAUUGUUAAACAAAUAGAUCUACUUUAGACAUGCCUACAGAUUUGUUUUGAAACUAAAAUCAGUUAAGGUUAUUAGCAGAAAUGAAAAGGACAAAUUUCUUAACAGGGAUUUAGUUGAUUAUAUACACAUUUUAAU